AUGGAGCGGCUGAGUUUGAAGACGUUUAGUGGCUCAGAUUUUCCGUUGCUGUCGCGAGUAUUUAUAACUCGCGGGGAAAGAAAAGAUAAUCUUCUCGUCAUUACAUCGGACGCCACCAGGCACACAUCAUGCGGGGGAGGAGGAAAUUGUGAUGACAUGUGGUUCCUUUAUUUGUUGACUUGGCUGUCUUUUGCAGUGCAGCUCUGUGUGGUCACUCUUGCGCUUGCUGCUGGUCUGUACUAUUUGGCAGAACUUGUGGAGGAGUUCUCUGUGGCCACGGGGAAGACAAUUAGAUUCCUGAUAUGGAUGACGAUCGUGUCGUAUGUGAUGCUGUUUGUGUUCGAGGACUUUCCGGGAUCGAUGGUCGCGGCCGGAUUCGCGGCCCAAGUGUGUCACUUGCUCAUCAUGCGAACGUUCCCGCUCGUCAACGUCACUUCGUUGCCGUUCAUCGGAGCGCUUGUGUUGUUGGGGUGGAACCAUUAUGUAGCGUUUAGCUACUUUUCAAGCAAAUAUUUCGCAUUGUCUGAGAUUUUGACGUAUUUUACGUUGUUCAUGUGGCUGGUGCCAUUUGCGCUGCUGGUGUCGUUGUCCGCUAACGACAACGUAUUACCGUCGUAUGCUGACGCGGGCGAAGCUCAUCCUCUCCUAUUUUGCUGCUUGGGACCAAACCACGACGUUGUGAGCCAUUAUUUCUCGAAGCGAUCGAGCAAGAAAUACGGCCUUCUCCAAGCGUUGCAGUCAGCGAAGGAGUACCUCGGAGUUGAGGCGGCGGUUUGGGACGCGGAGAAGAUGUGGUUGUCGGUGAUAGUGUUGCUUUUUGUGGCGCAGUGUGGAAUCGGCGAGGUCACUCCUUUUCAUGAAGGAAAUGUCACAACAGCGCGCUAUCUCGAUCUCAGCAUCCUCGGAUUGGACGAUAACUGCACUCGCCCUGCCGUGGAACAGUUCCCGAAUACUGUCAUGACACCUGAGCAACGGGCAAACGGUGGAAUCAUCGUGCACGUGUUAGUGGUUGCUUACACUUUUGCAGCCUUGUCGAUUGUGUGCGACGAUUACUUUGUACCCUCUCUGGAAUCUAUAAGUGGUGCAUUGCAUUUGUCGGCGGACGUGGCGGGUGCGACAUUCAUGGCUGCGGGUUCAUCCGGGCCCGAGUUGGCGACGACGGUCAUCGGGGUAUUCAUUUCCAAGGACGACAUUGGCACUAGUGGAGUAAUUGGUUCUGCGGUUUUCAACAUCAUGCUGGUAAUUGGAGCUUGCGCCUUCGUUGCGUCGGUGGGCAAGAAACCUACUGUCUUGUUGUCCUGGUGGCCCAUGUUUCGCGACUCCCUUUUCUAUCUCCUGUCCAUUUCCGCCAUGUUGAUCGUGAUUUCCGAUGGAGUCGUUGUUUGUGGAAUACAAUUCCAACAGUUUCUUCCGCUGCUGGUUAGGUACGAAGCAGCAGCGUUAUUGCUCCUGUACGCCUUCUAUUGUUUCAUCAUGUGGCUGAACCCGUGUUUGGAGGUUGUCGUAAGCAGUUGGAUCCAACUUCCCUGUAACAAAUACUUGGUGAACGAAAAAUCCGGACUCAUGGCCUCGAGCACAUUUGAGGGUUACAAUGCCGACGGAACUGGUGGAAUUGAAAGUGGUGGCGUUAAUCCUGUGCCUAUUGGACCCGAUGUGGAUGUUGCGAGUGGUAAUGUACUCAUGAAGUUAUGUGAAUAUCUUCGAAGGAAUUUCUGUCUUCAAUUGCAACUCGAUAACCUCGCGUGCCGCAAAAAGAUAAUUAAGUUUUGGUCAGAAAAAAUUUCUGAACGCAUCGUCAGAAUAAUCUCCGAUUUUACAGGAUCAAAGGAUGGAUCAGCGAUUGAGGAAUCCGCGGAAGAGCGGUCCGCGUUUUCGAAAGUUAUGCACGUUCUGAUGACGCCAGUGCGAAUUGCGUUCAAGUACACCAUUCCGGACUGUUCCUCGGAAGAAUGGAAGCGUUGGUAUAUAGUAACUUUCUUGAUGAGCAUCACGUGGAUCGCACUCAUCUCGUACGUCAUGGUCUGGAUGCUAGCUGUCAUUGGAUUUACCAUGGGAAUAAGUGAUGUGAUCAUGGGUUUCACUAUUUUGGCGGCCGGUGUUUCCAUGCCGGACAUGCUGGCUAGCGUUGCCGUCGUGAAACAAGGCUACGGGGACAUGGCGGUUUCAAACGCGAUCGGGAGCAACGUAUUCGACAUCCUACUGUGCUUGGGAUUGCCGUGGUUCCUUCAAACUGCUGUUGUUUCUCCUGGUUCGACCGUAUUGGUGGCAAACAAAGGUUUAAGUUACAUGACCUUGUCGCUGUUCUCGACGGUGAUCUUCUUGUUGGUUGCGACACACGCGACAAGAUGGCGGCUAACAAUGGGCUACGGUGUCGUUCUCGUGCUCUGGUACUUCGUGUUCAUCAUCUUCGCGCUGCUUUACGAACUCAACGUAUUUGGGCCCGUCAGUUUACCGGAGUGCAUGUCAAGCUAUUAAAAAGCAGAAGAUUCGACGAAAGGGUGAAACCGGUGACCUAGAAACCUAGUGUCGAGGUGCACUCAGAAAUGACGCGAGAAUUCUCAAUUCAGCAUGCAAAGAAUAUUCCAAAAGUUGUUUCGCGUAAUAUUUGCGCGAAUUUUUGAAAGACACGUUCUUUAAAAAAGGAAGAAAAAACCUGUUACUCGGACGACUGCAAAGUUUAAACACGUUCAAAGGUUUUCAUCAUUCGAGCUUCUUUUGCCUUAUUCAUAUUGUUGAUGUUACGUGAAGCUCAUCGAAUCGCUUUUUUCCUUUUUUUCUGUGAGUCCUGUGGUCUGAUCUCCGCAUCUCGUGACAUUUUUUUUUUUUUUUUAGUGUCUU